AUGUCUCGGGAUUAUUUUGGAUUCUCCUUAAUAAGGAGCAAUGCAAGAAACGGCACGACCACCGUGGCUCUUAACAAUGCAGCAGAUAUCUCCGUUAUUGUCAUUUACUUUGUGGUUGUCUUGGCUGUCGGAGUAUGGGCUAUGGUCCGCACCAACCGAUCCACAGUCGGUGGCUUCUUCCUCGCUGGGAGGAGUAUGGUGUGGUGGCCGAUCGGUGCAUCACUGUUUGCCAGCAACAUUGGCAGCGGCCACUUUGUAGGAAUAGCUGGGACCGCUGCAGCUGCAGGAAUCGCUAUUGGUGGAUUUGAAUGGAAUGCUCUCAUAGUGGUCGUCAUUCUGGGAUGGCUCUUUGUGCCCAUCUAUAUUAAAGCUGGGGUGGUCACCAUGCCUGAGUACCUGAAGAAGAGGUUUGGAGGACAGCGUAUACGCAUCUAUCUCUCUGUGCUGUCCCUCUUACUGUAUGUUUUCACCAAGAUCUCAGCAGACAUGUUCUCUGGCGCCAUUUUUAUCAACCAGGCUCUCGGGUUGAAUAUCUAUCUUGCUGUUGUCAUGCUGCUGUUGAUUACUGCGCUGUACACCGUCACAGGUGGAUUGGCUGCUGUGAUCUACACGGACACCUUACAGACCAUCAUCAUGGUUGUUGGAUCAUUCAUCCUUAUGGGCUUUGCUUUCCAUGAGGUGGGAGGCUAUGAGAGCUUCCAGCAGCGCUACAUGGAGGCCAUCCCCAAAAUCACGGCUAACGUCAGUGCGAGCUGCUACGAGCCUCGGGCCGAUUCCUUCCAUAUUUUUAGGGAUGCGAUCACAGGAGACCUGCCGUGGCCCGGCCUUGUGUUUGGACUCACCAUUCAGGCCACCUGGUACUGGUGCACUGAUCAGGUGAUUGUCCAGCGCUGCCUCUCAGCCAAGAAUUUAUCUCACGUUAAGGCCGGCUGUAUCUUGUGUGGCUACCUGAAGCUGCUGCCAAUGUUCCUCAUGGUUUUCCCCGGGAUGAUCAGCAGGAUCCUCUAUACUGACGUGGUGGCCUGUGUGGACCCGGAUGAAUGUGAAAAAUACUGUGGUGCCAGCGUGGGCUGCACCAACAUCGCUUAUCCCAAACUGGUGGUGGAUCUCAUGCCCAAUGGUCUGCGAGGUCUCAUGCUGUCGGUGAUGAUGGCCUCUCUGAUGAGCUCACUUACCUCCAUCUUCAACAGCGCCAGUACUCUCUUCACAAUGGACAUGUACACUAAGAUGCGCCGCUCGGCCAGUGAAAAGGAACUCAUGAUUGCCGGCAGAGUGUUUAUCAUCGCCCUGAUCGGGGUGAGCAUAGCAUGGAUCCCCGUGGUGCAAUCGGCCCAGAGCGGUCAGCUCUUUGACUACAUCCAGUCCAUCACCAGCUACCUAACGCCACCUGUUGCAGCCGUCUUCAUGCUCGCCAUCUUCUGCAAACGUGUCAAUGAGUCUGGUGCAUUUUACGGCCUCAUGAUUGGCCUGCUUAUCGGCCUGAGCAGGAUGAUCGCUGAAUUCGCUUAUGGGACAGGCAGCUGCGUUAGCCCCAGUAACUGUCCCGACAUCAUAUGUGGAGUCCACUACCUCUACUUCUCCAUCAUCCUGUUUGUCAUCUCCUGUAUCAUCAUCCUGGGAGUCUCUCUCGUGACCAAACCCAUCGAUGACAAGCAUCUGUAUCGGCUGUGCUGGAGCCUGAGGAACCGUACGGAGGAGAGGGUGGACAUUGAACAGGAUGACUGGAUUGAUAACCAAGAGUCCGACUAUAUGGACGUAGAGGAGCCCAAGGACGAACCAGGCUUGUGCAAGAAGGCGGUGUCGUGCUUCUGCGGCCUGGACACGCAAAGAGCCCCGCCGUUGAGUCCAGAGGAGCAGGCGGAGCUGCAGAAGAAGCUCACAGACACCACAGAGAAGCCUCUGUGGAGGAACGUUGUCAACGCCAACGCCAUGAUCCUCCUCUGUGUGGCUGUUUUCUUUCAUGGUUUCUACGGUUAA